CUGGUGCAGCAACUUUUCCCCGCAUAUUUCCCCCCCCACCAGAAUAUGUCGUUGACCAACACAAAGACGGGCUUUUCUGUAAAGGACAUUUUGGACCUUCCCGACACAAAUGACGAAGAAGGAUCUAUCACCGGAGCCGAGGAAGACACAGAGGGAUCGGAGACCAAGUCCACGACGAAAAACACUGGAGUUUUGGUGCAAAGUCCUCGAGAAAGCAUUCAGAACCUGCCUUUAAAGAACCCCUUUUAUGACAGCAGUGACAAUCCUUACACACGAUGGCUUGCUACUACGGACAGCAUUCAGUAUUCAUUGCACGGUCUAUCCGCCAGCUCUCAGGACUCGGCCAAGUCCCCGGAGCCGUCCGCGGACGACGAAUCGCCGGACAACGACAAGGAAACUUCCAGCAGCGGCGGCAGCGACUCCGGCAAGAAGCGGAAAAGGAGGGUGUUGUUUUCCAAGGCGCAGACCUACGAGCUGGAGCGCCGCUUCAGGCAGCAGAGGUACCUGUCCGCCCCGGAGAGGGAGCACCUGGCCAGCCUCAUCCGCCUCACCCCGACCCAAGUGAAGAUCUGGUUCCAGAACCACCGGUAUAAGAUGAAGAGAGCCCGGGCCGAGAAAGGUAUGGAAGUGACCCAUCUCCCUUCUCCCAGGCGGGUGGCCGUGCCCGUCUUAGUCAGGGAUGGAAAGCCUUGUCACACUCUUAAAGCUCAGGACUUGGCGGCCACUUUUCAGGCCGGGAUCCCCUUCUCGGCUUAUAGUGCCCAGUCACUCCAACACAUGCAGUAUAACGCGCAGUACAGCGCCGGGGCCACGCCACAGUUCCCAUCACAUCACUUGGUGCAAACGCAACAGUGGACUUGGUGAGAGAAAUUAUAGAGACUUGGCUUGGAGGCACGAUAGGGAGUUUCACCACAAAGCAAAGCGAGAAAAAAAAUAAAACACAAAAAACAAAAAAGACUUUUCAUUUUUGCAGCUUAACUCAUAUAUAUACUACCCUUUUUAUUCGGGGCUCAUGUGUGCGCCGUGUUUACAUGUUUUCGUUAAGAGAACUGCGUCCGAACCUCUCCCUGAUAAAUUUUAUUAAGAAUGUCAAUGCUCUUCUUGUGAAUUUUUUUGUAAAGUAUGUUGUGUGUUGGUU